AGAAGAAGAAGAGAGACUCACAACAACAAGUUCAUCUUUUAGCCAGAAAGGAGUUUGGAAGAUGAUGUUCCCGAGUCUCCUCGCGCCUACGGCCGUCUACCCCAACCUCCUGCGCCCCACGCCGACCCUCACCCUGCCCCAGAGCCUCCUGUCCACCCACUCCAGCUUCCUGGUGGAGGACCUCCUCAGGAUCACCCGACCCUCCGCCGGAUACUUACCCAGGGCUAUCCCCCCUCCCAGCAUCUCUCCUCCGACCCCCGAGACCCCCAACAGCCUGGCGGACACCUCCGAGCUCCUGGUCUCCAGGCACAACUCCAACUGCGGCAACGGCGCCGCCUUCCUGAAGUUUGGCGUCAACGCCAUCCUGUCCAACUCCACGCCCAGAACAGAUUCCUCGCAGACGUUGCUCUCCGCAGCCCCCCCAAAGACCACCUUCUCUCUGCCGUACUUUGACGCCUCCUUCCAGCCGUUCCUCAGAUCCUCCUACUUCCCAGCUUCUUCGGUAAUCCCCAUGCCGGGAACGUUCUCGUGGCCCCUGGCAGCUCGUGGAAAGCCCCGCAGGGGGAUGCUCCGGAGAGCCGUCUUCUCCGACGUCCAGCGCAAAGCUCUGGAGAAAAUGUUCCAGAAACAGAAGUACAUCAGCAAGCCGGACAGGAAGAAGCUGGCCGGCAAACUGGGCCUUAAGGACUCUCAGGUGAAAAUUUGGUUCCAGAACAGAAGGAUGAAAUGGAGGAACUCCAAAGAGAGGGAACUUUUGUCGGCCGGUGGGUGCAGAGAGCAGACUCUGCCCACCAAGUUUAACCCCAACCCCGACCUCAGCGAUGUGCGAAAGAAGACCUUAAAAGGAGAGGAUGACGGCCUCCUGCCUUAUCAGCGCACAGAGCUCCACCUAGAGGUGGAAACGCGACUUCCCUCCUCACCUUAUCACUCCAGCAGCCACAGCAAAAACUCAGACUUGUCGGAGUCGGACUCUGAUGUGGACCCAGAGGAUGAGAUCACGGUCUCCUAAAGGGUCCAUUUAUUAAUCCACAAAGACUUUGCAAUGUUGUAAAAAAUAUAUAUAUAAAUGUUAUUAAGGAAUUGGAGAGGUGUCUCGGUGAUGUGCUCCCUUCUGUCUGCUAGAGUGAAAGUAUAGAUAGGAUUCUGGGAUCUCCAGCUAUUGUGGGAUCCUAAUGUCUUCUACUGGUGUAGGGAUCCUGGGUUCUCCAACAUCAAUAUCGAACUUGGCUUCUCCAUCUUCAGUUUCGAUCCCAGGUUCUCCCACUGGUCCAGGGAUUUUGAGUUCUUCAAUUGGUCCAGGGAUCCUAGGUUCAUCCACUGUAGUUUGGAUCCUAGGUUCUCCAACCGGUUCAGGGAUACUACUUUCUCCAACUAUAGUUUGGAUCUUGGGUUCUACAACUUUAGUUUGGAUCCUGGGUUGUCCCACUGAUUCAAGGAUCCUGGGUUCUUCAACUGUAGUUUGAAUCCUAGGUUCUCCGACUGGUUCAGAGAUCCUAGGUUCUCCGACUGGUUCAGAGAUCCUAGGUUCUCCGACUGGUUCAGAGAUCCUAGGUUCUCCGACUGGUUCAGAGAUCCUAGGUUCUCCGACUGGUUCAGGGGAUCUCAGGUUCUCCAACUGUAGUUUGGAUAUAGGUUCUCCAACUGGUUCAGGGAUCCUAGGUUCUCCAACUUUAGUUUGGAUCUUGGGUUCUACAACUUUAGUUUGGAUGCUGGGUUGUCCCACUGAUUCAAGGAUCUUGGGUUCUCCAAAUGAUUCAAGGAUCCUGGGUUCGCCAACUGGUAAAGGGAUCCCAGGUUCUCCAACUGUAGUUGGAUCCUAGGUUCUCCAACUGGUUCAGGGAUUUUGGGUUCUCCAACCGGUUCAGGGUUCCUAGGUUCUCCAACUGGUUCA